AUGAUUUCAAACAAGAAGAUUGUUGUAUUGUUACUGCUAUUUUUGGCAAGGAAGUGUUAUGUUUUAGAAGCACCGAUAUUGAAGAGUAUCACAGGAACUGACGAUGGCGGCGUAUUUGUGGUAUGGAAACCCAUUAAUGAUACCUCAGACGAAACGGUACUUGGAUAUAAAAUUCUUAUAAACGAGGUAAAAGAAAGGUUAGAAAGAAUGUACAAAUUGGUCAACGGCGACCAGGAACCGGGACUCGUGGAGGAAAUGACGUCAGAGGAGGUUUUCGGAACAAUGCCGUUGAGUUUGGCAAAACAAAUAAUAGCAGAAGGCGUCACAACAGAUAAUAUGCUCAUAGAUUAUAUAAAACCAGAUGUCCUCCAUGAAAUAAGGGUUUUAGCCUAUACAAAGGACAAAGAGAGCAAACUAUCCUCGCCUUGGAGAGUAAAACUUUUGACACUUGCCAAAAACAAGCGAGCUAUAGCAUUCAGACAUCACGAUGAAUGUUUCCUUACAAUAAGACAUGAUGAUGUUACGACUGGUACACCGAUAAUAUACAAUAAUUAUAUAUGA